CAAGUUUAUAAUUUUGAAUUAAAUUAAUAUAAAGUGUUGGGCCAACUUGAAAGACUUCAUGUACCUUUUAUGAAAUGGGUUUGUUUACGCUUUAUAGUUGACUGAUGGUAGUUAAUUGUAGUUUUAGUUAGUGUACGUAGUAGAAAUUUGUUUAUUUAGUUUGUUAAGUUUCCAAAACAUUAGCACCGAUGGAGGGAAUUCUCAAAUCCAAACUGUCGCUGUUGCUAGUGGCAGCCUGGUGGGGUGCGGCGGCAGGGCAGCCCAUCGAGUGCGACGGCUACCUGUACAACUGCACGGACGGAUACUACUGCGACAGUGCGGUGUUCAUGUGCCGCAAGUGCAUCAACUGCGCGGAAUUCAACCGGAGCCCCCCACUCGACCCCAACAACAAAUGCAUCACCUCGGUCGUUGAUUGCGGAGUCUGCUUUGAAGGGCUGACGGAAGACGUGCAAGGGCUGCAGUGCGUGUCGGCGCCGGUGUCGCCCGCCUACGUGUGGGUGGCCAUCGCGCUGGGCGGCGUGCUGCUCUUCGUGGCCGCCGUCGCCAUCGUGGUCUACGCACUGCGCAACACGGACACCUUCCGCGUCUUCGCAUCUACCACGUCGCUCCAGCCGAGCUGCGUUAGCGGGCCGCCCGCGUCCGCGCCCGAGCCGCCGCCGCCGCCCUACAACACGCUCUACACACCCGUGCGCCCCGAGUCGCCCCCCGCCCCGCACCCGCCGCAUCUCACUGACGAAGAAGCGGCGAGCCCGUUCAUAAAGCGGCCACCGCCGCCGACGCCGGCGCGCGAGUCGGCCGGCAACCAGGAGGCCAACUUCUACAACAACCCCUGCUACGUGCGCGGCCCGCACCUUCCCUCCGGCCAUCAGCCGGUGGAGCGCGAGCCCGAGCCGGAGUACCUGCACGACGAGACCACCGCCGAGAGCCCGUGGCGGCCCAGCGACGGCGCCAACAACAACACACAUGUCGACAAUUCAGAGUCCGGCAGCAGCAGCGGGUCGUCGAGGAGCGCGGAGGCGGGCGCGGCGCCGCUGUCGGCGCAGCUGGCGGCCGCGCGCGGCGCCACGCUGGUGCGCCCGCCCGGCCAGGGCGCCACCCCCAGCAAGGUGCCCCGCUUGCGACAGGACACAAACAACAACAGGAACAACCGCGACCGCGACGAGGAGGAGGCGCUGCCGCGCGUGGGCUCGGGCGCCGGCGCGGGCGGUGGCGCCACCUUCAACAUCCUCGUCAACGUGCAGCAACUCAACGACGUCAAACUCUGAGCCGCGCA